UCCAUUCAAGUUUCAAAAGAUGUUGAAAUCCGUUGUCAGAUAAACAGUUCAUUGAAGAAAUUCGUCUUGAUACAUUGAGAACCACAAAAAAAUGAAAAGGGCGACAACUGCGGCUGCUGCCGUUAAGAACAAAUUGAUUAAGAAGAAAAAUACUAAAACAGAAACCUCCGGAGAAUCAGUAACUCCCAACACCAAACAACUUAGCAGAGAAUUCUAUCGUAAGCCUUGUGAAGAACUGAGCAAAGCUCUACUGGGCAAAGUUCUGGUGCGACAGCUUCCCCAUGGAGAGAUUAUAAAAGGAACCAUUGUGGAAACUGAGGCGUAUCCAGGCACCAAUGUCGAUGAAGCAUCAGCUUCGUAUAACGGAAAGGUAACCGACAAAAACCGGGCAAUGUUUAUGGAUCCGGGAACAGCGUAUGUUUAUAUGACGUACGGAAUGUACCAUUGCUUUAACAUAUCUUCAGAAGGUGAAGGUGCUGCUUGCUUACUCAGAGCAAUCGAACCACUUGAAGAGUACGAGACAAUGCAAAAGUUUCGGCAAAAAUCCAGAAAAAAGUCCUCAGCUGCAGCAUCGAAAAAGUUUCCAUUCCACGAACUAACGAAUGGACCGUCGAAGCUGUGCAUGGCAUUUGAUGUACGUCGGGAGAAUUGCGAUAAAAUGGAUUUGUGUACAAGCAGUGAAAUGUGGCUGGAAGAUAGUGAUGACAGUCGUUUCAAUCGGAAAGAAAAUCUAGAAAUUGUGGCUGCCAAACGAAUCGGGAUCGAUAGGGCACCAGUGAAGGCUAGAGAUAAGCUGUUUCGAUUUUACAUUAAAGACAAUAUGUUUGUGAGUACUGUGAAGCCAUCAGAAAUUGUACGAGCUGCUCAGUCUGGUAGUGGAGACGAAUCCAAUGAAUAAAUCGUCGAAUUGAAUUGAA